AGAAGAACGAAGCCGUGACGUCAGUGGUGACGGCCUUCCUGCCUCUCGUCGAGUAUAGAAAUGGCGGCGUCCGUGUGCCGAGCCGGGAGCACUGUGGGGCGAGUCCUCGCUAAAACCCGCAGUCCCAUCCUGCUAGCUUUGAGGCGUGGACAAGCCUCGGUCAGCUAUGCCCAGAGCCUCGUUGGAGCCCCUGAAACCCAGCUUACUGCCCUGGAGAAUGGUUUGAGAGUUGCAUCCGAAGAUACUGGACAUGCAACUUGCACGGUUGGACUCUGGAUCAGCGCUGGCAGCCGCUAUGAGAGUGAGAAAAACAACGGAGCUGGCUUUUUCCUGGAGCACAUGGCUUUCAAGGGAACAAAGAAGCACCCCCAGGCAGCCCUGGAGCAGCAGGUGGAGUCUAUGGGAGCUCAUCUGAGUGCCUACACGUCCAGGGAGCACACUGCUUACUACAUGAAGACCCUGUCCAAGGAUCUGCCUAAAGCUGUGGAGCUGCUGUCAGAUGUGGUGCAGAGCUGCUCCCUGAACGAGGCAGACAUCGAGCAGCAGAGGAGCGUGGUGCUGCGUGAGCUGGAGGAGGUGGACGGCAACCUGCAGGAAGUCUGUCUGGACCUGCUGCAUGCCACAGCCUACCAAGGCACACCUCUAGGACAAACUGUGCUGGGGCCCUCCAGUAGUGCCAGAAAUCUGAGCCGGCAGGACUUGGUGGAUUAUAUCAACAGCCAUUAUAAAGCCCCCCGGAUGGUGCUGGCUGCUGCAGGAGGUGUGAAUCACGAGGAGCUGGUGGGUCUGGCCAAGUCUCAUUUUAGCGGAGUUUCAUUUGAGUACGAGGGAGACGCUGUCCCCGUGUUGUCCCCCUGCCGCUUCACUGGUAGUGAGAUCCGUAUGCGGGAUGAUGCUCUGCCUCUGGCGCACAUCGCCAUCGCUGUGGAGGGCGCUAGCAUUUCCAGUCCAGACAUCGUGCCCCUCAUGGUGGCCAACGCCAUCAUUGGCAGCUAUGACCUGACCUACGGCGGUGGGAAGCACCUGAGCAGCCGUCUGGCUCGCCUGGCAGUGGAGGACAACCUGUGCCACAGCUUCCAGGCCUUCCACUCGGCAUACAGCGACACCGGCCUGCUGGGCAUCCACUUUGUGAGCGACAAGCACCACAUCGAUGACAUGAUGCACUGGACCCAGAACGCCUGGAUGAACCUUUGCACCACAGUCACAGACAGUGAUGUUGCCAGAGCCCAAAACGCUCUGAAGGCCAGCCUGAUCGGACAGCUCAAUGGAACAACACCGGUUUGUGAUGAUAUCGGCAGACACAUCCUGAACUAUGGACGGCGCAUUCCUCUAGCAGAGUGGAGCGCCCGCAUCGAUGCUGUAACUCCCAGGAUGGUGCGUGACAUCUGCUCCAAAUACAUCUAUGAUAAGUGUCCUGCGGUGGCAGCCGUCGGUCCGAUCGAGCAGCUACCCGACUACAACAGAAUGCGCAGUGCCAUGUACUGGCUUAGAUUUUAGGGAAAAGAUCAGCUGUUCAGUUUCUCCCAUUUCGUUCUCUUCAUCUCCUAGCCUUUCUUCUGUCAUCACUGCGAACGUAAACAACGGAAAGUUGUUGACAACACAACCCCCCCACCCCCCAAAUUAGUUACCUAGUUGGCCAUGAGGGAAGCCACCAUUGAGGCUUGAGAAUAUGCUCUGAAAAUUGGUUGUGCUUAUUAUUUAUCAUCUGAGCUUUAUUGUGGAGAAAAUUGCUGUGAGCACAGACUUGGAUUCAGAAUUAAGUUUGUAACCCAAUUCAGCCGAUAUCCAGUAUGACCAGAUGAGGCAGCCAGAGUAUAUGUAUACAUUCUGUAAACAUUUGUUUUAUGUCCACUAUUGUACAUACCAGAAGCUGUCAUUCAGACACAAAUAAAAACGAUAAACCGUU